ACAGACGUAUACCACGCCCACGCGUUGCCGCCCUCUGAAAAGCUGGGGAAAGCCAGAAAAUCGUAACCGAAGCGAAGCGAGCGCGCGUUAUACGGCAUCGGAGAAUCCGAGAAGCGGAGAAUCGAAUCGGACAUCGGAAGUUCUGCUUUGGAGUGGAGCAGCGUCGUCGUGACCGAGCUCAAAACAUCAGUCGCUUUAACACCGGUUCUGCUCUUUUGGGGGCAGAUGGUGCCCAUGGAACUAUGCUCGGAUAUAUCAUCGUAACGCCGCGCCAGCUAAAGCUAAUACUACGACCAGAUCAGAGUAAUCUGAAUACCUAACCUUCGAAAUAAACGAUCUCUUGCAUCGCAUUAAAACUAUAAUCUAACUGCAAAACAAACUGCAUCUUACUUACUGUGUGUGUGUUAUGUCUGUAAAUUUGGUUCGUUGUUAUAAUCCGUACCCGUAAUACCACACCACACACCACACCUACCAAUACCAAAUCCAAAAGCCUGCCCGCUAACGAUCAUGCAUAAACCAAAGCUAGCGAAUGCUAUAACCGCUGCCGCCAUUGCCUCAUCCAUAUCCACCAACAACAACAACAACAACAGCGGCAGCAGCUCCGGUGGCAACAAGUCCAAGAGACCACGUCAAUUUGGCAAACACUCGAUUGGAGCCGGAGCUGGGGGCCUGGGGCUCCUCCACCGGCCGGACGACUCCGGCUUCGACCACCUCGACCAUUCGUCACUAAUUGGGGAUUCGAUUGAUUUAGAGCACUACAUCAGCGCCAUGGAGGCACGUCGACACGACCAGGAGCCGGAUGUUUGGGCCCAGCUGCAGCAGAAGGAGUCGGACAUCCUUUUGGCCGCCGAACUGGGCAAGGCGCUGCUCGAGAAGAACGAGGAGCUGGUCAAGCAGCAGGAGAAGCUCAUCGAGGACUAUUCCAGCAAAAUUGAGAAACUCGAGCAGGAGAAGCAUGUGCUGCGCCAAAAGCUAGCGAUCGCCGAGGACGAGAGCGAUCAGCGGGUCCUCGAGCUGCAGUCCGAUCUCACCGAGCUGAAGGACAAGCUGCAGACCCAGGACACGGCCAUCAGGCAGGCGGAGAAGGAGAAGACCAUCCUGAUCGACGAGCUGCAGCACCAGAACACACGCCUCACCGAACAGAUCCAGGAGGCCCAUGCCACCGAGCUCAAGCUCAGCGCACAGAUCCAAGAGCUGAAGGACCAGUAUCACUACAGGAACAGCAGCCUGCAGGAACAUGUCAACAGCCUGGAGUCCAUCAAAACAGAACUCAACCUCACCACGGGCAAGCGUCAGGAGCUGGAGCGCCGCCUGCAGCAGGCCCAGGAGGAGAAGGAGAGCCUCACCUCAUCGCUGGAGGAGUCCUCCGACAGAAUUCACAUGCUGGAGCGCCAUGCACGCGAGCAGGAAACAAAAUUAGAGACCACCUUACAAGCACUGGAACGCUCCCAGCGCGAAAACAAUGUACUCAGUGAACGUUUGGGUGCCGACACAAACUCGAGCACGCCGGGCAGAAAAAGUCUGCAAUUCGAAAUGGAAUGCGACGAGGACGAUGGCAGCUAUACUGAAACGGGGAAGCCCAAUCACAUGUGGGUGGAGGCCCGAUCCGUCUACAUACAACUUAAAUCCCUGGUGGAUUCGCUGAAAGUGAGCCAUGACGACGAUUCAGGUCUGAACUCCGACAUAUCGCUGGAGCUGGAGUCGAUGGACAACACUAUUUCGAGCUCGGAGCGCCACGAGGACGGUCACCUGGCCAUCGAGUUCCGCCAAGGCAUGCUUUCAUCAAUGUCCGACGAACUGACCCGGUUGCUGCUCAACCUGGACGCCGGCAACUUCAAGAAGAUGCUGGACCAGACGCGCAAUCUGGUCCUAGAGCAGGAGGAUGAGAUCAAGCGCAGUCAUCAGCUCAUCCAGCAGCUGGAGGCCAAGGUCACUGUGACGGACGUGGAGCUGCAGAAUGUCAAGGAGGAGCGUGAUCAGGCACGUGGUGAUCUGGAGGACAACACGGAUCGGGAUGAGCUGCUGUCCAAGGCGCAGACAGAGCGCGAUGCGGCGAAUGAUCGUCGCACCAAGGCCGAGGUGGAAUUGGCCAAGACGCGGGUGGAGCUUAUGCAGGCCAAUAGCCAGCUGCUGGAGUCCAUUCAGCAGAAGGUGGAGCUGUCACAACAGCUGGAACAGUGGCAGAUGGACAUGCAUGAGCUGAUCGACGAGCAGAUGCGCUCCAAGCUGAUCAACAACCGGCGGGCGAUGGCCGCCGAGUCAUCCGCCCCAUCGCCGCCCAGCAGUGCCGCCGCCAAUCUGGCCAAGCGGGUCACCAGCUACAAACUCUGGAGUUUAUUUCAGCGGUAAUUGGACAAACCUCACUACCCGCUGGAAGGUAUACGCCACCCUCCUGUUCUUAAUGUAGGACAGAUCUAUAUAUUUUUAAUAUUUAUAUUUAUACACAACAAACAACACACACAAAUCGGAGGAGUCUAGGCAUUAUAGGUAUUGUACUUUAUUGUUAUUUGUAUACUGGAAGCAUCGCCCUUCUUCUGUUCGUAGUGAAAUCUAUCUAAUUACGCUUUAUUAAUUUUAAACACUUACCGCAUAUUCGAUAUGAUUAUUGUACCUAUUGUAAUUACUGUAAUGUAACCGUAUUUGUACCUACGUUUAAAGACAAAUUGUCUAGGCGAACGCUUUGCCCCUCUAUCUCUCUAUUUAGUUUUGUCCAGAAUUGUUCUAAAAUCCUCAAAUGGACCCCACAAGUAAUCCGGAAUCGCUAAAGAAAUUUUAUGUUUUUCCUAAGACCUGAGGCGUUACUUGUUGGGUCCGUUUAGGUCUAUACUGUUAACUGAUAAUCAAAAAAAAAAAAACAUAUCGCGCCUUUAUGUUGAAGGCUUAAAAAGCCAGCACUUCUCGGGAGAAACUGUUGCGAUUCAUCAAAAUCAAAGUGAAAUGAAAAUCAAAAUCUGUACGUAAGCAAAUAUAAUUGUAAGCAAGGCAUUUAUGUUAUAGCAAAUAGAAAUAUUCAUCAUGCUGGCAAUCGGAAGGAGCGCAGAAAAUGUUAGAAACUGUGCAGCAGACAAAACUUGCCUUAAUGAACGGACAAUGAAAUUUUAGAUUGUUUAAAUAACAUAACUUACCAAUAAACUUACGAAUAUACUA